CAUAGGGAAUGUAAAAAAAGGAAAAAGAGUGCAAAACGCUGCGUUUAAUUGGCGUCUUCUUCAAUCAUCGUCACGUUUCUUUUCAUUCAUUCUUCACCUUUUUAGGGUUUUUUUCUUCACUCUCUCUCUGCAACUUCGAUUUUCUCUCUCUAAUCUCUGAUUUUGAAAAUGGAUGGAUCAGCUGGACCUGGUGGUGGAAAUGUGAAUGCAUUUCUACGGAACUAUAAAAUGGGGAAAACACUUGGAAUUGGCUCGUUUGGCAAAGUAAAAAUUGCGGAGCAUGUACUGACUGGGCACAAAGUUGCCAUUAAGAUUCUCAAUCGCCGGAAGAUAAAAAAUAUGGAAAUGGAAGAGAAGGUGAGAAGAGAAAUUAAGAUUUUAAGAUUGUUCAUGCACCAUCACAUCAUACGCCUUUAUGAGGUUGUGGAAACCCCUACAGACAUUUAUGUUGUGAUGGAGUAUGUGAAAUCCGGAGAGCUCUUUGAUUACAUUGUAGAAAAGGGUAGGCUACAAGAAGAUGAAGCCCGCAGUUUCUUCCAGCAGAUAAUAUCUGGUGUGGAAUACUGUCAUAGGAAUAUGGUAGUUCAUAGAGACUUGAAGCCUGAGAAUUUACUUUUGGACUCAAAAUGGAGUGUCAAGAUUGCUGAUUUUGGCCUGAGCAACAUCAUGCGUGAUGGCCACUUUCUUAAGACAAGUUGUGGAAGCCCUAACUAUGCAGCUCCCGAGGUUAUCUCUGGGAAAUUAUAUGCUGGACCUGAGGUAGAUGUUUGGAGCUGUGGUGUAAUUUUAUAUGCACUUCUCUGUGGCACUCUACCUUUUGAUGAUGAAAAUAUUCCCAACCUCUUCAAAAAAAUAAAGGGUGGGAUAUAUACUCUUCCUAGUCAUCUAUCUCCUGGUGCCAGAGAUUUGAUACCGAGGUUGCUUGUGGUGGAUCCCAUGAAAAGGAUGACCAUACCUGAGAUACGCCAACACCCAUGGUUCCAACUUCAUCUGCCUCGCUAUUUGGCUGUGCCACCACCAGAUACACUUCAACAGGCCAAAAAGAUUGAUGAGGAGAUUCUUCAGGAGGUGGUUAAUAGGGGAUUUGCUAGGGAACCAUUGGUUGACUCCCUUAAGAACAGGGUACAAAAUGAGGGUACCGUGACUUACUAUUUGUUAUUGGACAACCGUUAUCGUGUCUCCACUGGCUAUCUCGGUGCUGAGUUUCAAGAGACAAUGGAUUCUGGUUUGAACCGUAUCCACUCUGGUGAAGUUGCUUCUCCAGUCGUUGGACACCGCUUUCCAGGAUAUAUUGAUUACCAAGGAGUAGGAAUGAGGCAACAGUUCCCUGCUGAGAGAAAAUGGGCCCUUGGGCUUCAGUCUCGAGCGCAGCCUCGUGAAAUAAUGACCGAAGUCCUUAAAGCUCUGCAAGAACUGAAUGUCUGUUGGAAAAAAAUUGGACCCUAUAACAUGAAGUGCAGAUGGGCCGUUGGCAUCCCUGGUCAUCAUGGAGGAAAUGACAGCAUUAUUGAGAACGAAGCUGUUCCUAAGACAACUGUAGUCAAGUUUGAACUGCAGCUGUACAAAACUCAGGAGAAAUAUCUGCUUGAUCUUCAAAGACUUGAGGGACCCCAGUUUCUUUUCUUGGAUCUUUGUGCUGCCUUCCUUGCGCAGCUUCGUGUUCUGUAGUGCGAAUAUAGUGCACUCACAUGAGGGACUUGAUGUGAAUAAGCGUAUGUUGUACAUAUAAUUUCCUUUUCAGUAUGGGCUGAACUUAUCUUUGUACUUUCUAGUAUACCUCCAGUUUUUAAUCGGUUGAUCAUGAUUAUGGGGCAAUCCUAUAAUUGGUAUUCACUCCCCUUUUCACAGUGAAUUGUGUUUUUCAAUCCUGUGAAAUCUCUGGGAAUUUAUUUGAAGAAUAUUCCUCAUUAGACACAGUUAUUUAUGGCAUUGACCUAAUGUUGUAAUCGACAAUUUAUUACCGGGAUGCUGUGGGGUUGUUUGCUUAAUCUGCGUCGAACAUGAGCUUGCAGACUAGCUUUUUCUCCCCACUCGCCUUGCAUUACAUAUUGCUGGUAUGCUUGUGUAAUUUGACUGCUCAUAUUUGUUACUUUUAUUAUUGUUUUUAAAAAUAAAAAACUUAAUGGUAGAAUGCUUUUUUGGGUGUGA